GGCAAUUUUGCUGCCUACGUGGGAGAGGGAGGGUUGAGGGGAAGUGUGGAAAGCCUGAACCUGAGCCGCUACCGCCAGAAGAUCCGGUGAGAGAAGAAGUAGAGGCAAAGAGACAGGUGAAAGGUGAGGUGAGGAGGACAUCUGGGUCGCUGCCCCGGGCGGCACAAAGUUUUCCGUGAUGUGGUUGAAGCCGGAGGAAGUGCUCCUGAAAAAUGCGCUGAAGCUGUGGAUGAUGGAAAGGUCCAAUGAUUACUUCGUGUUGCAGCGGCGUCGGGGCUACGGGGAGGAAGGCGGAGGGGGGAUUACAGGGCUUCUAGUGGGCACUCUUGAUUCAGUCUUAGACUCCACUGCUAAAGUCGCUCCAUUUCGCAUCCUACACCAGACACCGGAUUCACAAGUUUACUUGUCAAUUGCCUGUGGAUCCAACAGAGAAGAAAUAACCAAGCACUGGGAAUGGUUGGAACAAAAUAUCAUGAAGACAUUAUCUGUGUUUGAUUCAAAUGAAGAUAUUACAAAUUUUGUACAAGGAAAGAUAAGAGGAUUAAUUGCUGAAGAAGGAAAGCAGUCUUUUGCAAAAGAAGAUGAUCCUGAGAAAUUUCGAGAAGCCCUUUUGAAAUUUGAAAAGUGUUUCGGUUUACCAGAGCAAGAGAAGCUAGUCACCUAUUACUCUUGCAGUUAUUGGAAAGGGCGGGUUCCUUGUCAGGGCUGGCUCUAUCUUAGCACCAACUUUCUAAGCUUCUAUUCUUUUUUAUUGGGAUCAGAAAUAAAACUCAUUAUCUCCUGGGAUGCAAUCUCAAAGCUUGAAAAGACUUCCAAUGUCAUACUGACUGAGAGUAUUCAUGUCUGUUCUCAAGGGGAGAAUCACUACUUUUCAAUGUUCUUGCAUAUUAACCAAACAUACCUUCUCAUGGAACAGCUGGCAAGUUAUGCUAUAAAGAGGCUUUUUGAUAAGGAAACAUUCGAUAAUGAUCCCAUCCUUGAUGACCCUCUACAAAUUACCAAAAGAGGUCUGGAAAACCGAGCCCACAGUGAGCAGUUUAAUGCUUUCUUUAGACUUCCCAAAGAAGAGACAUUGAAUGAAGUACAUGAAUGCUUAUUAUGGGUGCCAUUCAGCCACUUCAAUACUCAUGGAAAAAUGUGCAUCUCAGAAAACUAUAUCUGCUUUGCUAGCCAGGAUGGCAAUUUAUGUAGUGUAAUCAUUCCAUUCCGAGAGGUCUUAGCCAUAGAUAAGACGAAUGACUCCAGCAAAUCUGUCAUCAUUAGCAUCAAAGGAAAAACAGCCUUUCGUUUCAGUGAUGUUAAAGAUUUUGAGGAACUGGUGGCAAAACUGAGAAUCAAGUGUGGGACAGCUUCAACUCAGUGUCAUGAUACUAGCACAGAGGUUUCUACUAGUUCUGAUUCUACAGACACAUCUAGUGGUAUUUAUGUACAGUCAUCGACAUGUCAGAGAGACUGCAGUACAACUGUGAAUACUGAAGCUUUAAUGACUGUAUUUCACCCACAGAAUUUGGAGACUCUUAAUUCCAAAAUGUUGAAAGAAAAGAUGAAGGAACAGUCAUGGAAUAUCCUGUUUGCAGAAUGUGGACGUGGUGUUAGCAUGUUUCGGACCAAAAAGACUCGAGAUCUGGUUGUAAGAGGGAUUCCAGAGACCUUAAGAGGAGAGCUCUGGAUGCUUUUUUCAGGUGCUGUUAACGAUAUGGCUGCUAAUCCUGGCUAUUAUGCUGAAGUGGUUGAAAAGUCCUUAGGGACCUGUAACUUGGCUACUGAGGAAAUUGAACGUGAUUUACGUCGUUCCCUGCCUGAGCACCCAGCCUUUCAGAGUGACACUGGGAUAUCUGCUCUGAGGCGGGUGCUCACUGCUUAUGCCUAUAGGAAUCCCAAAAUUGGAUACUGCCAGGCAAUGAACAUUUUGACUUCAGUGUUGCUUCUAUAUGCAAAAGAGGAAGAAGCUUUUUGGCUUUUGGUUGCUGUUUGCGAACGAAUGUUGCCUGAUUAUUUUAAUCGUCGAAUCAUUGGUGCCUUGGUGGAUCAGGCAGUCUUUGAAGAACUUAUCAGGGAUCAUCUCCCGCAGCUAACAGAGCACAUGACUGAUAUGACAUUCUUUUCCUCAGUUUCUCUUUCAUGGUUCCUCACACUUUUCAUUAGUGUGCUGCCUAUUGAAAGUGCAGUAAAUGUUGUGGACUGUUUCUUCUAUGAUGGAAUAAAGGCCAUUUUACAACUGGGAUUAGCAAUACUUGACUAUAAUCUAGAUAAACUGCUGACAUGUAAAGAUGAUGCUGAAGCUGUGACAACUUUAAACAGAUUUUUUGACAAUGUCACCAAUAAGGAUAGCCCGUUACCCUCAAGUGUGCAGCAGGGUUCAAAUAUGAGUGAUGAAAAAAGCAGUUAUAGCAAAGUGGAUAUUACAGAUUUGAUUAAAGAAUCAAAUGAGAAAUAUGGUAGUAUUCGCUAUGAAGAUAUACACAGCAUGCGCUGUCGAAAUAGGUUAUAUGUGAUACAGACCCUAGAGGAAACAACAAAGCAGAAUGUGUUGCGUGUUGUAUCACAAGAUGUGAAACUGAGCCUUCAUGAAUUGGAUGAACUUUAUAUCAUCUUUAAGAGAGAGCUGUUUUUUUCUUACUAUUGGUGUUUGAAUUGUCCAGUACUGAAGCAUCAUGACCCCAGUCUGCCAUAUUUGGAACAGUAUCAGAUUGACUGCCAGCAGUUCAGAGUGUUGUAUCACUUGUUGAGUCCAUGGGCUCAUUCUGCAAACAGAGACUCAUUAGCUCUAUGGACAUUCAGACUGUUGGAUGAAAACUCUGACUACCUUAUAAACUUCAAAGAAUUCUCCUCUGCAAUUGAUAUAAUGUACAAUGGAAGUUUUACUGAGAAGCUUAAGCUGCUUUUUAAGCUGCAUAUUCCACCAGCUUACACUGAAGUGAAAUCUACAGACCCUUCAAAGGGAGAUGAACUUUCCAAAGAAGAAUUACUUUCUUUCAGUCAGCUCCAUGUUUCCAAGCCUGCAAAUGAAACGGAAGCAGAUUCAGUAAAAAGAAGUCCUGAAAAAGGUAAAGGAAAAGUUGACAUCCAAGCAUAUCUAAGUCAGUGGCAAGAUGAACUUUUCAAAAAAGAAGAAAACAUAAAGGAUUUACCAAGAAUGAAUCAGUCACAAUUUAUUCAGUUCUCAAAGACACUGUAUGACUUAUUUCAUGGGAGUCCUGAAGAAGAAUCAUUAUAUCAAGCCAUUGCUGUUGUGACCAAUCUUUUGCUCAGAAUGGAAGAAGUUGGGAGGAAACUGCAUAGCUCUACAUCAUCAGCAAAAGAAUUCUCUGCUACAGUGUGUGCUUCUGGAGGGUCCAUUCAGGGAGAAACAGAAAGCCACCUCCAGAAAGGUCGUCCCUCUCUCAGGGAAGAACCUCAGUGGUCCUUUGCAUUUGAGCAGAUCCUUGCUUCCUUGUUGAAUGAACCAGCACUGGUGAAGUUUUUUGAAAAGCCCAUUGAUAUAAAAUCCAAACUAGAAAAUGCAAAAGCAUCUCAGUUCACUUCUAGAACCCAGAUGUAAAUCUUUCUAAUAGAAGACUCCUGUAACUGCCAACUUGGCUCUUGGGAGUAGGGGUCAGGGACCUAUCUUGUUGCCGGUGUGUUUAAAGGCUCAAAAAAGGAUAUUUAGAAACACAGUGAUUCUUUUCUUCAGUUUUGAUAUUCGCCAAUACAAAUGUCCUUUUGAUAUUUCACAAGCUAGGCAAUAUCUGGUGACUAUGCCCAAUGUUACCACCAGAAGGCACCAUCACAUCACUUUUAGUAAGGAAAUUACUAGUUUUGUAUUGCAAUUUACAUAUGCAUUACUGAUGGUUUUGAAAAUGUGGAGCUAUAUCUGAGCUUUAGUGAUGCUGCUGUGUCAUAGUGAUAAAUUCUACUUUCCAAUUGUCUCAUUCUAUAGCCAUAAUUACUUGUAAGAUUAUCCCUAUGCUGGCCUUUACAAAUUACCAAGGAGAAAUAAUGCUAACAGUUUAAGUUGAUUUGUGUCUUUUUUUCCCCCCAGUAAAUUCUGCAUUCUCCUGCCUGACUGAUUCAGAAAUAGAUGACUCACCCUUCUAACUCCAUUAUAACAGCUGCUACUACUACUCAUAAUAAUAAUCAAGAAACUGGGCUGAUAAAAGGAAAAACAAUAUUUGCUUGAGAUUUAUGCUGCAUGAAGCCAACUUUUUCAGAAGAGUUAAGAAACCAUUCAAUUAGUUGUUGUAGGACUUUCAUUAGACUGCUAAAAAAUUACUUGAAAUUCUCCUGAACAGAGUAAUGUGUAGCAAUUGUCUCAAGAGUAGUUUAUGACUGCUUUGAUUCUAGCUUUAGAGUCUGGAUUUUUUUCCCAGUUGUGUUGAAUUAACAUUAGAUAGACUAAAUUAUUAGUAUGGCAAGUUUACAAAGUAUACUUGUGUAAUGAUUAUUAAGGUAUAGAAUUACUGGCAUCUACUAAAAUCUUUGACUAUUUAAUAUAUGUAAUUAAUGUGUAUUUUAUACUAUUUACAUUUCAAUGAAGUCCAUUUAGAGAUAAUACCUUCAUAGGAACUUAAAAAAAAAAGCCACACCUGUCUCAUCAUGUGGUAUUUCUGACAAAAGCAAUUUAUUGAUCGAUUGACUUGGGAAAUAGAGGAGAGAUACCAUACCAUUCAAUAGAGCUUUUUUUUUCCCCCCAAGAUAUUGGUUUUAAGCCCUUGGUUUUUUUUUAGCUGUGAAGCAAUGAAAGGGCAGAUAUAAUUUAGACCCACUCUUUGGCAGGAAGCUACUGUGAACAAGACUUAGUAUAGAGAGGGUCAUCACCAUAGAAUAUUAUUUUCAGAAUCAAGAAUAUUUAAGAUGACCUUCUGAAAUUUUAAUAAGUUGGUUUUUGCCAAGCACUUAUUAUCCUUAUAGUAAUUUGGUCCAGAGUUGGAGAGAUAGCACAUCAGACUUUUUCCUAGGUUCAAUCUCCUGGCACUUUGAUCCAGAACUGAGCAAUGUUCUGGUUUAAGAAAGAAAGACAGAAAGAAAAGAAAAAGAAAAAGAAGAUGAGGAAGAGGGAGAAGAAGAAGAUGGAGGAGGAGGAGAAGAGAUGGAAGAAACAGAAAACAUGACACAAUUAUUUGGUUCACCUUAAAAAAAAAAGACCAUUUAGAGAAUUGAUAAUUGCCUAUGCCUUUUCCAGAAAUGACUUUCUGAAACAUGUCCAUACUUGUAGAGUUUAGUUAAUGGUCUGUAUCUAAACUACCACAGGUCUGUUAUUAUGCAAAGAUUUGUUAAAUAAUACUACAAUAGUUCUAGAAAGGCACAGGAUUCUAUGCUUAUAUAUCAAAGUACUCUUGCACAUAUUUUGUUGAAUAUUUUGUCAAAUGUAUUUACAAGAGAAUCUUAAGAAUGUUAUUAAUAUUUUAUAUGAUUUUCAAUUCAGCAUAUUGAAGAUUCCUUAGUAUUGUAUUUUAGCCUAGAUUAAUUACCUUGAAUACAUAAAGAGAUUCUAGAGUUGCAAAAGGGUUAUAAAUGCAGGCUGCAAAGAAACGUUUAUUUUCUGAGUCUGCAGAAGAAAUGAACUGAGAACUUAGUUUUACAGUUGCUAUUUUGUUAAACAAAUAGUUGUUCUUCAUACUAACAAUUUUAUGUGAUUGUGUCACUGACUCUGCAUUAUACCUUAUACAUUAAAUAUUAAAAGGUGAUUUUAUUUGUCUUUAUAAAAUAAAGAUCAUGAAUCUGUUAUAGACAA